AUGGAAAUGUCUGACACAGAAGACAAUGAGGAAAGUACCUAUUAUACUAACAGAAAUGAACUUCUGGAAGACUUGGUGGAAAGAGAUGAUGUGGAAAACGAUCCUCCGUUAGCUGAUGUACAGCAUGAAGUGCAGAACCCACCUCUCAUUGAGGAUACUAUGGAAUCUGUAGUAACAGAAAACCUUGCAAGCUCGAGUUGGGUUUUAGACAAGAGAAAGCUGAUUUGGAAGAAUAGACCAUUUCAAUUUUCAGAGUCAAAUAUUUAUUUUAGGGACAACACAGAUUUAGAACCUGAAGUGAAAGCCCUAAAAACGCCAUACAUGUGUUUUGAAUAUUUUUUUACUCCAGAACUGUGUCAAAAAAUAGUCAGAGAAACAAACUUGUAUGCCUUACAACAAAACCCUAACAAUCCUUUUGUAAUGUAUGACCAUGACUUGAGAAAAUUUUUAGGCAUUCUAAUUUAUAUGUCUGUUCAGCAUUUUCCCUCUACCCGAGCA